AGAGUCAGAUCCUCAUCAAAAGCGUCAACGAGCAUGUCCACAGCAAACUAUCACUCCUUUGCUGUCGUAGGCGCAGGUCCUGCCAUUGGCAUCCCCAUCGUACGCGCCCUGCUUGCCCGCAGCGCUGCAGUCGUCGUCCUCAGACGCCCAGGGUCUUCGAGGGAAUUGCCAGAGGGGACUCGCGUCGUAUCAGUAGACUAUUUAGAUGUGCAGGCCGUUGCAUUGGUAUUGCAAGAGUACAAUGUAGACGUGCUCGUUUCCGCCGUCGCUUUUGAUGGCAUAUCAGCUCAGAGGCCCCUAGCGAAUGCUGCUAAAGCUGCGGGCGUCAAGCUCUUCAUGCCUUCAGAGUUUGGGAUGCCGACGGAAGGAAGCGAUGGCAUUUUGGGGCUCAAGUCACAUUUCGCUCUAUAUCUGCGGUCUAUCGAGCUCCCAUCUGCUCGAGUCUACGCUGGUCCAUUUUACGAAUCCAUUCCUUGGUUGACUGCUGUCCAGGAGACGGAUAAAUUCUUGAUUGUCGGUAACGGACGCACUCCCUUCUCUUCCACAGCAAGCGAGGACGUUGCAGGUGAAUAGCUCCCGCCUCAAACUCUACACUUCUCACUCCCCCUAUGUAGGUUUCAUCGCACACAUCCUGACCACCCUCCCGCCUGUCAAGCUCCACAACGCCACAUUUCGGAUCCAAGGCCACAGGAGCACCCUGUUCGACAUCGCCAGACUCUAUGCCCACAUAGCACCCGUUGAGUUCGUGGAUUUCAUUCCCCACGAAGUCCCCGAUGCACGGGCGAGGCAGUAUCUCCAGAAGAUGAUCGAGUUGGGUGCUGCUAGUACGGGCUGGGAUCCCUCCACGGGUAGAGAAGGCAAUCAGCCUGCUGGUAGCUCCAAUUCUCUUUGGGAGGGCCAUCAGUGGAAGAAGGUGAAGAAUAUCUUACACAUCUAAAUGUCUAGACACUUCGUCUUGCUUCAAGGCUCGAAAAAAAAGCAUUCAAUCACAGGGAGACGGAAGAUAUGUUUCGGUGCCGGCUUGACAUUCAAAUAGUCAUUCUGACUUUUAGUGAGUAAGUCUCCGGGACCGAAUGCUCCUCCUAUUUUACUGUAUAUAAGGCCCUAUUAAACGUCAAUCUUGAACAGAAACGAUGGCAAACACUACCCUCACAUCAGCAGCUGAGCUUCCCUACAAAUCAUUCGCCGUUGUAGGCGCAGGGCCCACUCUCGGCGUCCUUAUCGUCAGCGCUCUGCUCGCGCGGAAUGUACCAGUCAUAGUCCUCAUUCGUCCUUCGUCUACGAGGGAACUACCUGCAGGCGCGCAGGUCGUGCCAGUUGACUAUACCGAUGUGUCGGCGGUCGCUUCUGCCCUGCGUGAUCAUAACGUCGACGUCCUUGUGUCCACGCUUGCCUUUGCUGGGCUCUCGGCUCAAACACCCCUAGCCGAUGCUGCCAAAGAGGCGGGCGUCAAGCUUUUCGUGCCCUCGGAGUUUGGCACACCGACUGAAGGAGGGACAGAAGGUAUCUUACUGUUGAAGUCACAACUUGCCGCAUACUUGAAAUCUAUCGCUCUGCCAUGCGCUCGAGUAUACAACGGAGUGUUCUCUGAAUUUGUCCCAUUUAUAGCUGCCAUCCAUGAGACGAAGAAGUUCUUGAUAGUUGGGAAAGGAAAUACACCUAUUUCGUACACAGGAGUUGAGGACGUUGCAGGAUUCACCGCACACGUCCUGACCACGCUUUCGCCAUCCAAGCUUCAGGACGUCACAUUCCGGCUUCAAGGCCAGCGUGGCACCAUGUCCGAAAUCGCCAAACUCUACGAUGGUGUUGCACCUGUUGAGUAUGUGGAUGCGAUUCCUAGCGAGGUUCCCGCCGCGCAGGUGAGGGAGUACCUCCAGACAAAGUUUGAGACCGGUAUUGCUAGUUCAGGCUGGGACCUUGUCGCAGGUCGAGAGGGCGAAGAGGCAGCUGGAAGUUCGAAUGCUCUUUGGGAGGGUCAUCAGUGGAAGACGGUGAAGGAAGUGUUGAAUAUUCAAAGACAUUAGUCUGGUGUUAUGGAAUUUAAAUCUUCAAACGAGUGUCAGAUUUACCUAAUGGAUGAAAUAUCG